AUGGCAAAUCUGGCAUCCUGGUUAUCGAAUUCCAACAGAUUCUCAUAUCUUUUUUUCCAUCUGCCUGAAGAUAGGGAAUUAAUCCUUCUGAUGUUGAAAUGCUCUGGUCCCCAACCUUGGGUGAAUAAGUUGUUGUCUAAAAGUGGCUUUAUUCCUUCACUCCCUAAAAAUCUGAUUAUGUCCACAUUUGGGAAAUACAAGAGAAUGGUAUUCAGGUGGUUAAGAUUCAGCCUUUCUUCUUGAUCAUUUGCAUCUCCGAAAUUAUCAAUGAAGUCAAAAGUAGUGCAUUCAGUGUUGAAGAAUAGGUCCAGCUCAGUUUUUUUUAGAGAUAUCUUGGAGCAUACUGGAGCGGAGCUCUAAAAUUUUAAAACUAUAAGAAAGAUUCUCUUCAUAUAUGAAAGGAACAUUUCUUAAGCUCAUUAAAUGCCAUCUUUUAGUGUAAUACAUUAGUUUAUGAGCGAAAGGAAAACGCUGAUAUACAAAAGGAACUGUUUCUUGAAAUAACUUAAGCUUGAGUUCCUUUUUCAACAUCCUUUUCUGUAAAAUGAGAGGGCAAUGCUUUUGAAAACUUCUAAAUCUCAACCCAUUUCUUGAAAUUUGUUAAUGAGUCUAAAAGUGUCCUCAAAUGCAUUCUUGGAUUGAAGCUUAAUUCACUCAAACAAAUAGGUAUUUUCAAUCCCAAGUUCUAAAUUUCUGUCUUGGACAUGCCAAAGGAAGCAAGUUGUCUAAUUUAUGCCUGCUUGGUCAAAUAAAGUCAAUUUAUAUGCAUAAUAAUUAAACUUAUCACCCAUUAAAAUAUAAUCAUAAACAGGUUUCAUACAAGAUUGUGUUAUCUCCAUGGUCUUCUUUGACUGACUAUUAUUUAGCACAAUAUUAAAAAUAGCUUUCUGGUAUUUUUUCCAUUCCUCCCUACAAGCUCUUCACAGAAGCAGUAGCAUUUCCGCUCAUUCGUGUGCAAACCCAUAAUACCUCACAAUAUAACUAAUGUAUGUAACACUUGUCACACGCUUAGAAUAAUGUGGUACACC